AUGGAUACAUUACGCUUCUCAAAGAACCCACUGACGACGCAGAUGAGUCUGGGGGAGACGCGGAUGCUGGUCGUUGCACGUACAGACCACAUCGCAGUCUUCAACGCAAGUCCAGUCCGCGAGAAAGAGCGCAAGGAAGCCGAACAACUCUAUCUCAAGCGUAUCCUGCACGAACUGGCUGUCAUUGGUGACGAUAAGACUGAGCACGAGCGUGUGCUAGCAGCACAUCCGCGCUUCACUCGCUUACGUGAGUUGUAUCCCGAGAUCUCCAUCGACCAAAGUGGUAACACUGCUGGUAGUGGGUCUACGGCUGGUCCACGGAAGCUGGCGUCGAGUCUUCUUAAAGUCAGUAUCAUCCCCAUGUCAAUGCAAGCAACUUCAUUCGACCCGUUGGUCAAGAAAAUCCCUCAGCAGAUGAAGGUCUCGCAGCUGAAGCUUCUCAUCGAGACGAAAUUUGGCGUCCAGGUUCCUGCACAGGUGCUUUCCUUCCGUACCGACUCCAGAAGUAUGCCGAUGUUGCUAGACGACGACAAUGCUGAGGUGAGCUACUAUGGAAUGCAGGACGGUUCCGAGGUGCUGGUUAACGACAAUGAGUAG